AUGAGUGUUUUGAAUGUUCCAUUCUUCACCAUGAUAACUACGUACUUUUCGUACUUUAUCAUUAUCGUCUUGGGACAUGCUCGGGAUUUGAUUGGCCGUCGGCUUUUCCCUCAGAAGUACCGACACUUGUUUGCCAGUAAUGGUCGCCCGCCUUUAUUUACGGCCUCUGGGAGUUUCUACACCCGAAGACUGUACGGUCGGAUUAAUGAUUGCUGGAAUCGGCCAAUUACAGGUACGCCCGGUCGGGAGGUAGAGGUCUUGCUGCGGGCUCGGACUAAGAAUGAUGAGCUGGUGCUAACGGGAGAGUCCAGAACUUGUCUUAAUUUGGGGUCGUACAACUACUUGGGAUACGCCGGGAAGUACAAUAAGGAGGUUAAAGAGGCGAUUGAUAAGUACCCAAUUUCUUAUUGUGCGCCGGUUAAGUUCAUGCCUCGCUGUCCCCUAACUGUGCAGGUUGAGAAGGAGAUAGCUACCUUUCUUUAUAAAGAGGACGCUGUGGUCUUUCCUAUGGGAUUUGCCACUAAUGCCUGCACUAUUCCUUACUUAGUAGAUAAGGGUGAUCUUAUUGUUACUGAUAGUUUGAACCAUUCCAGUAUCUUUUUUGGCACCCGAGUUAGUCCUUGUAAGGUUAAGAUCUUCCCGCAUAAUGACUUCCAGAAGUUGGAAAUGAUUCUGCGCCAUGAAAUCAUCCAGGGCCAAGAGAAAACACAUCGGCCCUUUGGACGGAUUUUAGUGAUUGUUGAAGGUCUCUACUCCAUGGAAGGCGAGUGUGUGCGGCUGAAGGAAUUGAUUCUACUGAAAAGGAAGUACAAGUUCUUCCUGUUUAUUGAUGAAGCCCAUUCAAUUGGUGCCAUGGGAAAAACAGGCCGUGGAGUUUGUGAAUACCUAGGAGUUGAUUUUGAUGAAGUAGAUGUUUUGAUGGGGACGUUUACAAAGAGUUUUGGUGCAGCCGGUGGGUAUAUUGCCUCGACUAAAAACGUAAUAUCCUUGAUUAGAUCUAAAUCCGAACUAAUUAGUCGUGGUGAACAAAUGUCUCCUAUUGUAGCCGUGCAGAUCUUGGCCUGCUUCAAACGCAUUCGCAGCCGGGAAGGUAUUGCCGAGAUUCAAACCCUGACCAAGAAGAGUUUGUACUUCCGGCAAAUACUCGAGAAAAUGGGUUUCAUCAUUAUCGGUGAAAAAGACUCCCCAGUCGUGCCCUUACUUCUUUACAAUCCAGGUAAGAUAGCUGAAUUUGCCCGCUUAUCUCUAAAAGAAAACCUGGCCGUGGUAGUAGUCGGAUACCCAGCCACACCCGUUAUCAGCAGCCGAGUCCGGUUCUGUCUCUCAGUAGCACAUACCCAGAAAGAUCUAGACUAUGCCCUGGAAGCAAUUGAUAAGAUAGGAAACCUCUUAGGCUUGAAAAUGCACAAAAAAUAA